AUGCAGCAGCGCGCCUCGAGCGCCGACGGCGCCGCGCCGCCGGGGUACGACGGCCCGCCGUUUGGCGGCCCCAGCGGCGCCGGGCCGGGCGACGGCGGCGGCGGCUUCCCAGACGCUGAUGAGUACCAGCGGCUACUCAGCUCUGGGCAGGUGCCCGUGCUGCUGGGUGAGGACGGCCGCCCCGUUUACGGGCCGCGCGGCGAGCCCGUCAUCGUCGCGCCCGAUGGGCAGCCGAUGCUGAUCGCGGCCAACGGCGAGGUGACGCAGUACUCGCGGUGA